AUGUUCAUUCGACCAUCAUCCUCCCACGGCGACCGCCCUUCGCUGGAUAGGUCCCCGUCCCAGGACCCCCGCUCACCCCGGAAUUCAAGACGAGUCAUAUACAGCUUCUCUCCACUUGCCCAGCCGUUAGCAUCAAACAUUGAGCUCCUAGAGUCUACGCCAGUUGCCAGUCAAGCGCAGAUCGAGGCAUUGUACGAGGCAUGCCGUAUGCUCAUAGUCGCUGUCAGCGGCGGCUACGCUCCUUCCGAGAUCUCCUCCAGCCGGCAGUCUUUUAUCGACGCCCGAAACGCCAUGCGCUCCACCCCACCAGGUAGUAGCGAGAGCAUCAUUUCAUGGCUCGAAGACCAAUCUCCCGUCUCAGAACACUUUCUCCCGGUCAUCUCACCGACUAGUACUUCUCGCUCCUCCGGCAGUAUAUCAGUGCAUAGCAUGGACAGUGGCGAGGAGAUCAUUUAUAAUGCCAGUGUGAUCAGUGAGAGCGAGGCGGAGAGGAUGCAGGCCGAGGAGAGGAUCAUCAGUGAUAGGGAUUGGGAGAUGGUGGAGCAGCUUCCGGUGCCAAUUGGGCAUGCACAGAUCAUUUGGAUGAUGCGCUUGGACGAGUAUGAGGAUGAGAUGGUGCUGCAGGGGAUGAGGGGGCAUGUCUUCGCUUUGCGAGGAGGGAUACAUAGGCGGCUAGAUAAAUUGGAGCGGUAA